UAUUAUAAGACUUCAAGGUAGAAUAUAGCCAGACGAAACGAGUUCGCGAGCCAUUGUUGGAGCACCUCCAUGGUUGGAGAAACAGCGCAGUCCAAAACCGGAAGUGUUACCAUAACAAACCACAGAACCUGUUAGUGAUUCUGUUGAUAAGCAAUCGAGCCUACCAUCAAUUUCAGUUAUCUCAUGAGUUGUUUCAACAAACACCACAGCAGGACUCUUAGCCGGGAAUUCAUUGAACUACAACUGAUACUGACUGGAAUCGUUUUAACACUGGAGUAUUUGAGUAUUUGCUAAAGGUAAAUAGCUUUGAAGAAUUCUGGCUCCGACAAACUUUCAAACAAGGUUUUCUCACAUUUUAUGGAAAUCAAUUAAGUAUCGAAUAGUUUGACAUUCUUAUCUAAAGGAAGUAUCAGCUGCAACAUUAAUGUGAUGCAAAGUACUUUCAGGUCAGCAGGUAAACUAUCUUGAAGAGUUUUCGUCAAAUAGUUUUCCUAUUCACUUAAUGUGACGACGACACCGAGAUGGACGUGCCGCCAGAGUUCGCAGGGGCAACUUUUGGUCACCACCUUCUCGGCAACAUUUCUUCAACCGUUGUUCCUAUUACUAAACAAGAUUAUACGUCACCUAACAAUGAGAGUUACAUUGAUAAAGACCCUGUGUGGAAUAUAAUAUCAUGGACGUCUUUUUGUAUUGUGUUCGUCGUGGGUGUGACCGGAAACUGCUUCGUCUUGUGCAUGACUUGUCGACCGAGCUCCCGGUUAUCGAUCAGUACCAUAAAUACCUACGUAAUGAACCUCGCUGUCGCCGAUCUUAUAUACGUAUUACAGUAUUUAUUCUUUACGAUCGGCAAUCGCCUUCCAUCGGGCUGGCCGUUCGGAAUGAUCGGCUGCAAAGUGAUCAUUAGCUUAGAUAUAGUGGUUAUGUUCGUCGGUGCGUAUAUACUAGUUGCGAUGAGCAUUGAACGCUUCGUAGCGAUUGUCUUCCCAAUGCAGUCGCUUCAGUGUCGGAGUUUGCCCUGUUCUCGCUGGGUCUGUGGCUCGUUGUGGGUAAUAGGUGUAGUCGCGGUCGGGAUUCCGUACGCUUUUCACUACGAACAUAUCUUAUACGAUGUCAGGUGGUCGUGCACUUGGUCACAUUCCUUCGAAACAUACCAGUAUUACAUGACCGGGAUUUUCUUCUUCGUACUCGUCGUCCCGUCAAUUGUGUUGCUAGUCGUCUACUCGUCGCUUUUAAUUCAUUUCUGGAGGACCGUAGGCCAGGUUGGAGCAACAAGCCUGAAUAAGAAUCUUCGCCGCAGCAAACGACGCGUUGUGACCGUAGUAUUUCUGAUUGUGCUAGCAUUCUGGAUCUGCUACAUUCCAUUCUGGACUUGGGUGAUGAUAUCGUUGUACACGGACUACGAGAACAGCAUCUUUGGAUUAUUCUCCAUUCUACUCUCCUACACCAAUAGUUGUGUAAAUCCGUUUUUCUACACUUUGCUGACGAAUAAAUUCAACCAAUGGCGUGAAUCGAAGAAAAGUAGCAGGUCCACAUCGAAGGUUAUUUUGCGAUCAAUAUGAAAACCUAUGUUUCGAGGAAGUCAAUCCGCUUUUGAUAUUUCGCACAUAUUUUCUUGAAUAACACAUUAACGCCAUACUCGCGCGUUUUCGAACACGGAAUUUUUAAAUUCAUUGAUAUGACUAAUCAGUGGCGUAUCCAGGAUUUUAAAAAGGGGGUGUGGUGCUAAAUAGAAAUAUUUGUGCCUACAUCCACUAAACUUUACGCAAAGCGCAAAACUAGGGACGGAGUAUAUUGAUAUAUACCGGUAUGACACACCAUGUUGUGAUCUAAAGGCGCCUAACUUACGGUACUUUGCCAUUUAUUUCCAUUUAUCUACUAUAUUUUGUUCACGUUGCAAAAAAAACGGGGGUGGGGGAAGAAUGCUCAGGCACUGUGCCAUUGCCAAUUAAUGCGGACUUAAAAGUCAAUUUGUAAGGAAACCACGAGUUAACGAGAGUUCAAGAGAUGCGAUUAUAUCAGGCCACAUUUUGAUACAAAUCGCUUUGGCGGUUUUGGUGCAAAAUUCGGCGUGGUGAUAUGCUCUUAAGGAAAAAACAACAUAGGCCUAUUAUACAUGAGCACAUUACUUUGCCGAAUGUACAUAUCAUAGGUACAUAAAGAUUCUUCAUGCUUUUCUUCGGGAAUUUUAAUCUAAUAAAAUGUUGUGGCUAAAAUUCAUUGUUAAAUUGUGAAAACAUUAGGCAUACCAUUACUCUUAAAUGAUAAGAACACAACAUUCAAGGAAAUUUAGGAAAAAUGAACAACGGAGUAUAUAAUGUCAUCGUACUUUAGCGCUUGACAACAACAAUCUGGACAAAGCCGUAAACGUUAUGUGGUAAAUCCUUCUUACUGGAAAAAAAAAUACAAUUCUCUUUUUACACCCGGACCAUACGAUCAGUUCCUGUCGUUUUAUUCAAGCUGCGAUGCAUUUCUAAUCACUUUUAACCAGCGGGCCUGAAGGACUUUUUAGUAGCGGUGUUACUCGUAAUUGCUCCAUUUACAUCCUAUUGUAGGCCUAUACUACAUUCGUAUUGAGUUAUAUUAUCUUUGAUGUUUUCUGCUUCAGUUGCCGUAUAGGAAAACACGUGUUUUUAAAAUUAGUUUGCGGGUCCUUUUUCUAUCUUGAAAUAGUUUACAAUUUCUCGGUUGUUUGAAUUUCUUGUUAGAACAAUCAUUUGUUGUAUUGCUAAUGAGUGCACAUAGAUACUGCUGCAUUUUUGUAUUUCUUAAAUGUUGUCGUUUCUAAUUAGCACGUAUCAGUGAUAUCCAAGGUCAACAGACAUAAACCUAUGUAUGUUUGUUUAUGUCGAAUGAACUUGAUACGAGCAUGCACGGCAAAUUUGCUUAUUCAGAUUGACGCAGUAGAGGUGCCGAUGUUGUACUUUAAAUAUAAACGGAAAUGAAAAAAAAAAUGUGACGUCAAUUAUUUCAAAUACAGUAUGUACAUUUUACAAGAGUAUGAUUCGUCUGUUAUCGACGCGCCCAAUUAAUUGAAUAUUCCGUCAACACCUCAUUUCUUAUUGAGGAAUAAUAAUGGGAUUUGGACCUAUUCCUGCAUGGGCUAAGGCGGAAUAAAUAGCGCUAUAUCAAUACGAUAAUAAUCAGACCUAGGCCUAUAUCUUUUUUUGAAUGAAGAUACAAUUAAUGAUGGUCUAAUGUAACGUAUGUAAAUGUCGCUAAGAAUGUUUUCAGAUUUAUCAAUACGUGUUUUGAUAUGGUCAUCAUGAACUUGAUUGAUUAAAGAUAUAAUAUAUGUGAUGUGUUAAGCUAAUAUUGUAUUAAACUUUCAUAACAUUUUAAUUGAUUACCGUACUUGUUAACAUUAGGUGUAGUUUUCAAUGGGCCUUUCGCUAAGCCUCUCCCCUUGGAUUACGGUACUUAGGUCCCACAAACGACACUGUUGAAACAUACGCGAACACGUGCGUUUGGGGACAACACUUGUGCUUGUUGGGCAUGCGCGUAUACUGGCACUGUUCUGACUGGUCAGUUGUUAAGUUUGAUCAUGCCAGUUAGCAGACGUAUAAGUGUUAAAGAUAAUACAUACCGUAAUCUACAAUACCCUGAAAUUAACUGGAUCAAUUCGUAGAUUAAAGGCACCAAUGCCGCAGCCAGCUAUUGGGACAGUUGGGACAGUCCCACACAAUUUUUCUUAUGGGUCCACAAAGAAUGGGCCACAUUAAAAAAAA